UCUUAACAUUCUCAAUCACAAAGUCUUUCGUUCAAGUGGUGUGUGGAUAUAUUUGAAGGCAACCACCAGAGUAGUGUUAUGUUUAUUCAUAUUUGAAGGCAACCACCAUUACAGUGGUAUGUUUAUUCAUAUUUGAAGGCAACCACCAAUAUAGUGGUAUGUUUAUUUAUAUUUUUAGACAGCCCGUGAUGUUGUGAAAUUUGUAUUUUAAAUUUGCCAAGUCUCCGAAAAUUUUCAAUUUUUACGUAGAUCUACAACAGUGGUUAAAUGAAUUUUUAAUAGUGGUGGCAAUGCAUUUUUGAUGGUGGUGUUAACGUAUUUUCAGUGGUGCUGACAAGGAUUUACAAUGGUUAAAUAUUUAAAUUGGCGACAUAUAUUUACAAUGAUGACGUAUAUUUGUAAUGAUGACAUAUAUUUACAAUGAUGACACAUAUUUACAGUGAUGACACAUAUUCACAAUGAUGACAUAUAUUUACAAUUAUGACAAAUAAGUAUUAUCUUCUGAGAGUUUUGGGAAAAGGCAGAAGAUCGGUGUCUUUGGCACAAAGAAUGACAUUCUGCUGACAGUCAACUAUAGUUGGCACAAAGAAUGACAUUUUGUUGGCAGUCAACGAUAGCUGGCACAAAGCAUGACAUUCUCCUGGCAGUCAACCAUAGUUGGCAGAAAGAAUGACAUUCACUAAUAUUAGCCGGCUGUUUCAUAUGGGAUGAUUUUGUGUUUUGAGUGUAUAUAUGGUAUAAAUUGGUGAUGUUAGUGUAUGUAUGGGAUGAUUUGGUGAUGUGACUGUAUAUAUAUUUUUUAAACGGACAGUUUUGUGUGCAUAAGUGUGCAUAAGGAAGUAUAUUGUGUGUAUGUGUGAGUAUGAGAAAGUGAGUUGUGUGUAUAGAAAUGAACCAGGAAGUGUUUUGAUUGUAUGUGGGGGGGGGGGUGUCAUUGAGAGUUCUGGAUGUAUAUAAGUUUGUAAGGAACCGUUGUGAGAUUAUGUGAGAAAAUUUCAAAGUAGUCGAUAAGACAACAGCUUGUUUGUUAUGGGCUCCUUUUAACUUUUAUGUGGUUUUUAUGGGCUCUUUUUUAAUUGGAGAGUUAUUUUUAUGGGCGAUUUCAGAACGUGCAAAGCAACAUCUGUCAAUCAACACUUGGGGUAGUCAUCAAGAUAUGGGCCGAUAAGAUAGCUCGUGCUGGCUGGUGGGUACGGUUAGCUAAGGCGAUUUCCGACAAGGCUUGACACAUCUAGUUACAUUGGGCAAGUUGGCUAUUGCCACGUAGACACAUCUAGACAAAUUAGACAAGUUGGCUACUGCCCGUAGACAAAUCUAGGAACAUUGGACAAGUUGGCUAUUGCCACGUAGAUGCAUCUAGAGACAUUAGACAAGUUGGCUAUUGCAACGUAGACAAAUCUAGACAAAUCGGGCAAGUUGGCUAGUAGACACAUCUAGACACAUUGGACAAGUUGGCUAUUGCCACGUAGACAAAUCUAGGCACAUUGGACAAGUUUGAUAUUGCCAGGUAGACACAUCUAGACACAUUAGACUAGUUGGCUAUUGCCACAUAGACACAUCUAGUCACAUCGGAAAAGUUUGAUAUUGUCACGUAGACACAUCUAGACACAAUGGGCAAGUUGGCUAUUGCCACUUAGAUCCAUCUAGACAAUUGGACAAGUUGGCUAUAGCAACGUAGACACAUCUAGACACAGUGAACCAUUUGGCUAGUAGACACAUCUAGACACAUUGGAAAAAUUAGCUAGAAGAUACAUCUAGACACAUUGGACAAGUUGGCUAUUUCCAUGUAGACACAGCUAGACACAUUGGACAAGUUAGCUAGUAGACACAUCUAGACACAUUGGACAAGUUUCUAGUAGACAAAUCUAGGAUUAUUGGACAAGUUGGCUAUUGCCACGUAGACACAUCUAGAUACAUUGGUCAUGUUGGCUAGCAGACACAUCCAGACACAUUGGACAAGUUGGCUAGUAGACACAUCUAGACACAUUGGGCAAGGUGGCUAUUGCCACGUAGACACAUCUAGAAACAUUGUACAAGUUGGCUAUUGCCACGCAGAUACAUAUAGACACAUUGGGCAAGUUGGCUAUUGCCACGUAGAUACAUCUAGACACAUUAAACAUGUUGGCUAUUGCCACUUAGACACAUCUAGUCACAUUGGACAAGUUUAUAUUGCCACUUAGACACAUCUAGUCGCAUUGGACAAGAUUAUAUUGCCACUUAGACACAUCUAGACACAUUGGACAAGUUGACGUUUGGCACGUACACACAUCUAAAAAAUUGUACAAGUUAGCAACAGUCCUAUUUUCAUCUGUCCUGUCUGCUGAGGAUGGCUCUCAGCCGAAAUGUUCUUGUCUCAUUGUCAUGUUACCUUCUUCAAGCUUCCACAUGCCUUGUUUAAGUAUGUCUUAUCGUCAGCUAGUAGGCUGGUAGCCGUGCAAUUGGCAACAAAAAGAAUGCCAUUCGACAUUGGAGAGAGUAGGUCUGAUGAGUACCGACACAUUUAUACACAAUGUAGCUAUUGGCACGGAGACACAUGUAUACACAAUGUACAAAGUAGUUAUUGGCACGGGGAAACAAAUAUUCACACUUGAUAAGUUAGUUACUACAUAUAACACAGAGAAGUUAGAUACUACAUAUAACACAGAGACACAGAUAAGUUAGAUACUACAUAUAACACAGAGACACAGAUAAGUUACAUACUACAUAUAACACAGAGACACAGAGAAGUUAGAUACUACAUAUAACACAGAGACACAGAUAAGUUAGAUACUACAUAUAACACAGAGACGCAGAUAAGUUAUGUGAUUGUCAUGUGACACUAUCGAAUGACAUGUUACACUGGUGAAUUUACAAAAGGAUCCAUUGGAUUGACAAAGGUCAUGAUGACGUUUUAAUGCAACCUAAUUUUUUUAUUUCUUUCUCAACAAAUGUCAUUGGUAAGCUUUCCAUACUUUCGGGUUCGUCAGGAUUGUCCAUGUUUAGCACGCUGUCCAUGUCUAGCACGCUGUCCCUGUUUAGCACGCUGUCCCUGUUUAGCACGCUGACCCUGUUUAGCACGCUGUCCAUGUUUAGCACGCUGUCCCUGUUUAGCACGCUGUCCCUGUUUAGCACGCUGUCCCUGUUUAGCACGCUGUCCCUGUUUAGCACGCUGUCCAUGUUUAGCACGCUGUCCCUGUUUAGCACGCUGUCCCUGUUUAGCACGCUGUCCCUGUUUAGCACGCUGUCCCUGUUUAGCACGCUGUCCCUGUUUAGCACGCUGUCCCUGUUUAGCACGCUGUCCCUGUUUAGCAGCUCUUCCCCUGUUUAGCCAAGCUAUCCGGUGCCCUGGCUUGUUGGAUAGUCCUUCCAACUUUCAGUCACAUAUUUCAACAUUAAUUUGUUGUCUGUAUUUUGCGAUCAACCGUCCCAUUGUUAUUUUAAAUUCCAAAAAUUUACUUAGCUGGUUUUCGAAGUUUAACAAAAAUGAUAAAGACGCUUCUUAGAAUAAAAGAUCAAGGCGGAAAUGAAAAGGAGGAAGUCACCUUUCUCUGCCCCAAAAAAAGCCAAAACAUAUGACACGGCUUUUGAUACCUUGCCUGGUACGCGUUUUGUCAACAUAGAUUUCUUUAUCCAACUUUCUCUUUGUGUUGUUCUGCCUCCGUACGUCUAAAAAUGGGUUCGUUUAAACCCUCAGUAUCCUGGGUUGUUAAGCACCGCUCUCCGUAGGGAGUAAUUAAUCUCCUAUAUUAAUAGGUUCGUUAUAAAUAGUGCAUGACAAAAGACGAUACCAAAUGAUGAAAACAAUUACAAAUAAUACGAUACUCGAAACAGGGCCUAUUACAAUAAUACGAUACUCGAAACAGGGCCUAUCACAAUAAUACGAUACUCGAAACAGGGCCUAUUACAAUAAUACGAUACUCGAAACAGGGCCUAUUACAAUAAUACGAUACUCGAAACAGGGCCUAUUACAAUAAUACGAUACUCGAAACAGGGCCUAUUACAAUAAUACGAUACUCGAAACAGGGCCUAUUACAAUAAUACGAUACUCGAAACAGGGCCUAUUACAAUAAUACGAUACUCGAAACAGGGCCUAUUACAAUAAUACGAUACUCGAAACAGGGCCUAUUACAAUAAUACGAUACUCGAAACAGGGCCUAUUACAAUAAUACGAUACUCGAAACAGGGCCUAUUACAAUAAUACGAUACUCGAAACAGGGCCUAUUACAAUUAUCAGGUUCCAUUAAUUUAAUAACAAAGUACAAAAGUCAAAAAAGAAAUAUAAUUAAAAUUAAUAACUUAUAGUAUAUUGUAUGGCUGCGACCAGUAAUAUGUCGAAGUAAAAUAUUUAUUGUAUGGCUGCGACCAGUAAUAUGUCGAAGUAAAAUAUUUAUUGUAUGGCUGCGACCAGUAAUAUGUCGAAGUAAAAUAUUUUAUUGUAUGGCUGCGACCAGUAAUAUGUCGAAGUAAAAUAUUUAUUGUAUGGCUGCGACCAGUAAUAUGUCGAAGUAAAAUAUUUAUUGUAUGGCUGCGACCAGUAAUAUGUCGAAGUAAAAUAUUUAUUGUAUGGCUGCGACCAGUAAUAUGUCGAAGUAAAAUAUUUAUUGUAUGGCUGCGACCAGUGAUAUGUCGAAGUAAAAUAUUUAUUGUAUGGCUGCGACCAGUAAUAUGUCGAAGUAAAAUAUUUAUUGUAUGGCUGCGACCAGUAAUAUGUCGAAGUAAAAUAUUUAUUGUAUGGCUGCGACCAGUAAUAUGUCGAAGUAAAAUAUUUAUUGUAUGGCUGCGACCAGUAAUAUGUCGAAAUAAAAUAGUGUGCGAAAAGGUACAACUCAUGAAAGGCGCAGCUACUGUAAAAAAAAUCACUGGCACGUUCCAAAAUAAGUCUAUCACGUUGUAUGCGUCUCUCGCAUUGCCGUCUGCUGUGUCAUUCAACCACUCGCCGGAUUGUAUAGACUAUCGUCUGUUUCGUAGAUGAUUCCAGACUCAUUACGCAUUGUAUUAGUGACUCAAACGUUCCGCAAUGUUCGAUGGCAUUCGAGUCUAGAUACAGGCGAUAGAUUGGUUUGUUGAAAAGACGAUCGAAGGGAGUAAGCCACGUCCUAUACUAACGCAAGCGAAUUGGGGUCAGCUUAAGGUCGUUCACCAGAAAAAGAUUAAAUGAGAGUUAAAAAAGAACGCCUAUAUUUAACAGGGUACACUGGAUUACCGGGUGGCCGAAUGAUAAGCUUUAAAAAUUGAGUCGCCGACAAGAAAAGUUUAAAGUAUUGGGUUAGAGACUCUGUGAUUACGGGGAGUUCAAAAUAAUUCAAAGAAAGAUUGGAAAAAAAGGGGGGGGAGCGGAGGUUGGGGGAACAUUAUUUUUUUAACUUUAAAUAGUGUUAGGAUUCAUGGCUCCUGGUGCAUUUGGUGACUCAGUCUGUGCAAACUUACCAGCAUGCUUCCCCAUUGCUUACCAAAUCCAAAUGAUCAAUAAUUAAACCAUUAUUGUCACUAAAGAAGUUCAUUGAUUGCUGAAUACUACGCUAGAGAAAUACUUGAGAUCUCUUGUGUUGACACUGUUAAAUGGUUAAAAUAUUUAUUUAUUUAUGUUCGGAAAAUGGUAUGUACAAUGUAAUCUUUAAAAACAUCCCUGUGUAAACAAACGUGACUGCUACAGAUGAACUCGAUAGCUAAUCAUAAUGGGACUGCUGUAGAUGAACUAGAUAGCAAAGCAUCAUUGGACUUGUAUAGAUGAACUAGAUAACUAAGCAUCAUGGGACUGGUUAAGAUGAGCCAGAUAGCUAAGCACUGCUGGCUAACCAAUGAGCUUUAUAAGAUUAUAAGAUAGCAGGUAGGGAAAGUUCUCCGUUCAAUUUAAUCAAGAUAUAAUCUGGGUAUUAAAGGUGUUACUAAUGAAUAUGGUGGGAGAGUCUCAACCAGUUACACAUUAAAAGCAGUCAAGCAGGUAAAGGGAGUAAGUCAACCCUAGACAUUUAAGAGGAGUAAGUCAACCCUAGACAGGUAAGGGGAGUAAAUCAACCCUAGACAGGUGAGGGGAGUAAAUCAACCCUAGACAGGUGAGGGGAGUAAAUCAACCCUAGACAGAUGAGGGGAGUAAAUCAACCCUAGACAGGUGAGGGGAGUAAAUCAACCCUAGACAGGUGAGGGGAGUAAAUCAACCUUAGACAGGUAAGGGGAGUAAGUCAACCCUAGACAGGUAAGGGGAGUAAGUCAACCCUAAAUAGAUGAGGGGAUUAAGUAAACCCUGGACAGGUUAGGAGAGUAAAUCAACCCUAGACAGGUGAGGGGAGUAAGUCAACCCUUGACAGGUAAGGGGAGUAAGUCAACCCUAAACAGAUGAGGGGAUUAAGUAAACCCUGGACAGGUUAGGAGAGUAACUCAACCCUUGACAGGUAAGGGGAGUAAAUCAUCCAUGAAUUUUUGAGACGAAAUCAAACAUCCGAAUUUUCCUCUUCAUAUUAAAUGGCUUGUCUAUAAUAACUUUAGGAUUCCCUUCAAACCUGACACCCACAAAUCCUAAACAACCAAUAAUUCUUACGUCAUUUGUUCAGCUGUCAGUAAAUACAUUUAGCUGUGAGCUGUUUGCAAAGGGGCCGCAAAGGGGGGGAGGGGGGGAGGGGGGGGAGCAGGGACUGGAUAUUGUGUUAGUGUAGUCUAGCGUGUGUGACACGUUGAGCCCAUUGUGUUCUUCCUGUUUCCUGAGCGAAUCGCCGAUUAUUUCCUUUAUCUCACUUCCACAAUAUAACAAUGCUAUUUUUAUUGCGCUGAACAAACAUGAAUAUCGUUGCAUUUACUGAGAAGUAAAAGACCACGCAUUGGGAUUUACCACGCCCUGUGUUGAGCCACGCCUUAUGUUAGACCACGCAUGGCGUUGUACCACUCAACGGCAUUAUAAAACAUUGCGUGCCGUUUUAAUUAAAAAACGACCAAAUGAUCAUUUUUAUAACAGUUUUAUAACAUUUUUAAAAGAGAUAGUAAUGGCUGCCUUUAACCGGUUACAAUUAGUGGAAUCAAUAAAAUAUCGUUCUGAUCGAUAUAUUUGAUGAUUCGUAGAUUUAAGGCUAAUCUUGUUAGAGGCGUACAGUAUUCGGUUAUCAAUAUCAGCUGUCCAUGAGUUUUACGUAGCCGGUCCACGCAACAGGAAUAUCUAUGGUCAGAUACAUAUAAAAUAUUAACAGUAAAUAUGGCAAGGGUCCCUAGAGCUGUUUUGAAACUUAUCUACUUGUCACGGGAGCUGUUUUGAAACUUAUCUACUUGUCACUGGAAUCGUGUUGAAACUUAUCUACUUGUCACUGGCGCUGUUUUGAAACUUAUCUACUUGUCACUGGCGGUGUUUUGAAACUUAUCUACUUGUCUCUAAAGCUGCUUGGAAACUUGUCUACUUGUCCACCACACUUUUAAGUUUGGGAACCACUGGUCUAUAGUGGGGGUGAGCCUGACACUGGAGCUGUUUUGAAACUUAUCUACUUGUCACGGGAGUUUUUUGAAACUUAUCAACUUGUCACUAGAGCUGUUUUGAAACUUAUCUACUUUUCACUGGCGGUGUUUUGAAACUUAUCUACUUGUCACUGGAGCUGUUUUGAAACUUAUCUACUUGUCACUGGUGGUGUUUUGAAACUUAUCUACUUGUCACUGGCGGUGUUUUGAAACUUAUCUACUUGUCACUGGUGGUGUUUUGAAACUUAUCUACUUGUCACUGGCGGUGUUUUGAAACUUAUCUACUUGUCUCUAAAGCUGCUUUGAAACUUGUCUACUUGUCCACCUCACUUUUAAGUUUGGGAACCACUGGUCUAUAGUGGGGGUGAGCCUGACACUGGAGCUGUUUUGAAACUUAUCUACUUGUCACGGGAGUCUUUUUAAACUUAUCAACUUGUCACUGGCGGUGUUUUGAAACUUAUCUUCUUGUCACUGGGGGUGUUUUGAAACUUAUCUACUUGUCUCUAAAGCUGCUUUGAAAAUUGUCUACUUGUCCACCACACUUUUAAGUUUGGGAACCACUGGUCUAUAGUAUGGGUGAGCCUGACACUGGCGCUGUUUUGAAACUUAUCUACUUGUCACGGGAGUUUUUUGAAACUUAUCAACUUGUCACUAGAGCUGUUUUGAAACUUAUCUACUUGUCACUGGAGCUGUUUUGAAACUUAUCUACUUGUCACUGGAGUUAUUUUGAAACCUAUCUACAUGUCCACCACAAUUUAAAGUUUGGGAACCGCUGGGCUAUAGUGGGAUGACCUGGCACCACUGUAGGGUAGUCUUUGACAGCGGUCCAUAGGGAGGGUAGUUAUCGGCAGUCAGGUCCAUAGGUAGGGUAGUUAUGAGCAGUCAGGUCCAUAGGGAGGGUAGUUAUGAGCAGUCAGGUCCAUAGGGAGGGUAGUUAUGAGCAGUCAGGUCCAUAGGGAGGGUAGUUAUGAGCAGUCAGGUCCAUAGGUAGGGUAGUUAUGAGCAGUCAGGUCCAUAGGGAGGGUAGUUAUGAGCAGUCAGGUCCAUAGGUAGGGUAGUUAUGAGCAGUCAGGUCCAUAGGGAGGGUAGUUAUGAGCAGUCAGGUCCAUAGGGAGGGUAGUUAUGAGCAGUCAGGUCCAUAGGGAGGGUAGUUAUGAGCAGUCAGGUCCAUAGGUAGGGUAGUUAUGAGCAGUCAGGUCCAUAGGGAGGGUAGUUAUGAGCAGUCAGGUCCAUAGGUAGGGUAGUUAUGAGCAGUCAGGUCCAUAGGGAGGGUAGUUAUGAGCAGUCAGGUCCAUAGGGAGGGUAGUUAUGAGCAGUCAGGUCCAUAGGGAGGGUAGUUAUGAGCAGUCAGGUCCAUAGGGAGGGUAGUUAUGAGCAGUCAGGUCCAUAGGGAGGGUAGUUAUGAGCAGUCAGGUCCAUAGGGAGGGUAGUUAUGAGCAGUCGUGUCGCUUGCAUAACAAAUAAGAUAGUUUUUAGCAGGGGCGUACACGGCAUAAAAAUUAGGGUAGUCUUAGCAGGGGUUUCCUGAAAGAGACACCAAAUUCAAGUGAGCGCAAAAAUACAACCGUGUAUUUUGAAUUAGCCCGACUAUCUUCGGAAACCUCAAUUGUUGCACCCUUUUCCCUUGUGCUGAUCAAUGUGACAACAAGUGUUCAAAUACAAGCGUGCUCCAAAUGACUACCCUAGGGCAAGCCACAACCAGAUGAAUUCAGUUUAUGUAUGGCAUUGGGAGUCGUAAUGCCCCCCCCCCAGACCCUUAAAAGUACCCCCCACCCCGAUCCAAAAGUCUAACAGAAACCCUUGAUCCAAGUCUAUCCCAAAAUGCACCGCUUGGUUUUGAAAUAAUUAAAACUUUUGUGGGUAGGACUCUCUCCAGACCCCGAUAAAUACAUUGCCGAUUAGCGUAGCUAGUAUUAGCGCCACCAAGGGUGGCCCAAGGUUUUUGCCACACUCCCUUGCACGAUAAAAACUCUGCAGUUGUCCGGAUAUGACACACCUCAUUUUAAAGAAAAGGUAAUGCCUGGGUGGCCAUCAAUCCGAAACCUUUCCUGCGCCACUGACAUGGGUGGAGCUAGAGUGAUUGGCGUCAGUGGACAAGAUUCAUUUCAGCCCCUCUCAACUCUGAACCCCAUUAUUUUUAACAAGUUUAUACCAUCAAAGUCACUUUUUCGCCCCCGCUAGUCUGGAGCCCGUAUUUCCCUCCUUAGCUACGCCUCUGGUUACUGGCACUGCUGGCCCGAAAAUCUGAUAUGCCCCCCCCCCCGUCCCCGGGGGGAAAUUACCCGAAAGAAACAAUGAUUAAUAAAUAUCACUCAUUAUGUUCAAACACGUGUUAUUAGAUUCAUUUCAGCCCCCCUCAACUCCGAACCCCAUUAUUUUUAACAAGUUUAGACCAUCAAAGUCACUUUUUCGCCCCCGCUAGUCUGGAGCCCGUAUUUCCCGCCUUAGCUACGCCUCUGGUUACUGGCACUGCUGGCCCGAAAAUCUGAUAUGCCCCCCCCCCCGUCCCCGGGAGGAAAUUACCUGAAAGAAACAAUGAUUAAUAAAUAUCACUCAUUAUGUUCAAACACGUGUUAUGCUAUACCACUCAUUGCGUAUUACCAUGCAUUAUUUCAUUAUCACAGGCGUUAUUUUAUACCAAUUGUCUUGUCACGCCUUCUGAUUAUACGUUUAUCCACGUAUUGUCUUGUCACGCCUUCUGAAUAUACGUAUAUUCACGUAUUGUAUUGUGCGAGUUCUACGCUGUUCCUCAUGCACAUUGGUAUAUGUUAACAUCGUCUUUGUGUCUGCAUUAGGUACUCCAGACAUUGGCCUUUGUAAUACAGCAGACAUCAAAUUGUUGCAGCGACUGUACAAGGAACAAGGCCGCUGUAAGACAUACAACCUCAACCUCGACCUGUGAAUGCUGUCUGCUGUCUGCUGUCUCCUGGGUUAACGCGUGACAUGAACUCAUUGUGACAGGGCGGAGAUGCGCUUCAACUUGACAAAGGUGGUCCGGGGUGUGACAGUGGCAGUGCUAGUUGUCAUCAGUAUCAACCUGUUCGUGUUCUUACAGUCAGCGCACACUGGUUACACCAACGGGCGAGAUGCAUUGUGUAAGUGUAACCUAAGUAGUUGAGUUGAAGGAACGGUUCAUUCAGGGUGUUUAAAUGAAUGUUUCAAUUAUAAGUAAUCAUUUGAUGUUACCGUACACCUUCUGUCAUAUGACAAAUGUUGGACUGAGUAUCAAACAAACAUGGCUUCUAAUGGGAAUUAGUUAACUUAAACCAUCUUUCAUAAAGUAUAACGAUUUGAGAACAAAUGAAGUAGAUAUAGUUGCCAUGGUAACCAAUAAAAACAUUCGCUAUUGUAAAUUAAGGAUUGAGUAUCAUAUAUUCAAAUGUUGAAGAAUUUCACUUUUUGAUGUACUGUCUUGUCACAUGACUUUUUUGAUGUACUGUCUUGUCACAUGACUUUUUUGAUGUACUGUCUUGUCACAUGACUUUUUUGAUGUACUGUCUUGUCACAUGACUUUUUGAUGUACUGUCUUGUCACAUGACUUUUUUGAUGUACUGUCUUGUCACAUGACUUUUUUGAUGCACUGUCUUGUCACAUGACUUUUUUGAUGUACUUUCUUGUCACAUGACUUUUUGAUGUACUGACUUGCCACAUGACUUUUUGAUGUACUGACUUGUCACAUGACUUUUUGAUGUACUGACUUGCCGCAUGUCUUUUUGAUGUACUUACUUGUCACAUGACUUUUUGAUGUACUGACUUGUCACAUGACUUUUUGAAGUACUGACUUUUCACAGACUGAAACGAUGUUCUUUUGUUAUAAGCUCAAAGAUGGGGCGUGGUAAGAUUACCUUGUAUAUGUUAGUUUAUUGCACUGAAUUAGGCAUAUUUUAUCUAUUAUUAGGGUCUAUGUUCAAAGACAAAUACCAUCCCCAAUCACGAGCAGUGGUCAGUCUAAACUCCACUGAAGCAUGUAAAGGUUUGACCAUGAAGGUCAUUGACGACCAGGCGGGGUUUCAGGUAAAAACAAAGAAAAUCCUUCCAUACACUAAUCCUAUCUUACAUAAACAGAUAGACUAAUCCUAACUUACAUAAACAGUUACACUAAUCCUAUCUUACAUAAACAGAUACACUAAUCCUAUCUUACAUAAACAGUUACACUAAUCCUAUCUUACAUAAACAGAUACACUAAUCCUAUCUUACAUAAACAGAUACACUAAUCCUAUCUUACAUAAACAGAUACACGAAUGCUGCCUUAUGUACACAGACGCACUAAUCAUUAUUGUAGUCUUGAGAUACUGUUAGUCCAAAAAAAAAGGGGGGGGGGUGUUGAGAUGUCGCUAAUGAUGAAGGAUGUUAUGAAAAGUUGUUGUUGAUAAAUGUGCUCUUGUUAGUGUGUUGGGAGGAAGAAUCGCAUUUCGGGUAACAGAUACACGAAUGCUGCCUGAUGUACACAGACACACUAAUCAUUAUUGUAAUCUUGAGAUACUGUUAGUAAAAAAAAAAAAAGGGGGGGGGGUGUUGAGAUGUCGCUAAUGAUGAAGGAUGUUAUGAAAAGUUGUUGUUGAUACAUGUGCUCUUGUUAGUGUGUUGGGAGGAAGAAUCGCAUUUCGGGACAUGGGAAAUGUUUGAAUCCAGAGAUUCGUGGGGUCCAAUGAAAAUUUUGGGGAUGUGAAAAGGUUUCAUGAGAUGGCGUGUUUUGUUGGUGCUUCUCGUCGGGAAUAUACAACACACGAGUUACACAUCAUUAGCCUGAAAAUGGACAGCACGGUGCGGCACUGCGCCAGGACGUAUGGUGCUGCUAUUGAGCGGCCAUUGAUUGAUUGAUUGAUUUGAUUUGAUUUGAUUUUUCUGUGUUCAUCCACACUAGGAACUCUCAGCAAGCACUGUGUUGAAGACCGCAGGCUCUUCAAGGAUACAUGUUUACAAAUCAGUUCUUUAAGAUAUUCCGGUGGUGAACCAUCUAUGCAGCUGUACGCCAGGGACAGAAUUUUGUAGUUAAUGCGCUCACUCACAGGAACCCAAUGGAGAUCUCGUAGAACUGGGGUGAUGUGGUCAGAUUUUUUCAUCUGUGAUACAAUGCGUGCAGCAGUAUUUUGUAUCUUUUGGAGUCUCUGACUUUGGUUCUGAGGUAAACCCCACAUACAACUAUUACAGUAAUCUAAUCUUGACUGGAUUAGAGUUACCGCUACAGCAUUGGCUGUUCUUUUAUUGAGUUGAGAACGCAGCUGACCCAGGGCACGCAGAUGACAGAAGCAAGCCUUGACCACAGAACUGAUAUGGGGAAUCACUCUAAGUUUACUGUCAAUAUAAAAGCCAAGGUCUCUGACAGUCGAGGACAACAGGAUCUCUGAUUCACCAACUUUUAUUGAUGCAAAGGCAACUUUUCGAAGAUUGGCUUCUGAACCACAAAUUAUUGCCUCAGACAUAUGUCUGCUCUCAUCAGUAGGAUAUGGUUCCCGGAGGGCGAUUUUCUCAGAUUUCUGUCAACGGUUCUUAUGUUGCCAACUUGACGCCCAGAGAGAGUAAAUGGCGCCGUGCUAAUACUACCUAUUGUACACAAACUAAAACUGCCUUAUUACAGAGAUAGAUUAAUGCUUUCUUGUGUACACAUAUGAGAUUCAUUUAUACUGUAUAAUUUACACACAUGAGAUUCACUAAUACCAUAUAACGUAUACAUAUGCGAUUCACUAAUACUGUAUUAUGUACACAGAUGAGUUACACUAACACUGUCUGGUGAAAACAUAUGAAAUUCACCAAUACUGUCUCGUGUACACAGAUUAGAUACAAUUUUACUGUUUAUUGUACACAUAUGAUAUUCACUAAUACUGUCUCUUUAACAAGGAUGAGAUAUACUAAUACUGUCUCAUGUACACAUAUGAGGUACAUAAAUAACUGCCUCGUGAACACAUACGGCAUUCACUAAAACUGUCUCGUGUACACAUAUAAGAUACAUAAAUACUGUCUCGUGAACAUACACGGCAUUCAAUAACACUGUCUUGUGUACACAUAUAAGAUACAUAAAUACUGUCUCGUGAACACAUACUAUAUUCAAUAAAACUGUCUCGUGUACACAUGUGAGAUACAUGAAUAAUAUCUAGUGCAUACAGUUGAUAUACACUAUUACUGUCUGGGCGUUGACUUGUGAAGAUGGUAGACUUGUUAAGAUGGUAGACUUGUGAAGAUGGUAGACUUGUAAAGACGCUAGACUUGAGAAGAUGGUAGUCUUGUGAAAAUGGUAGACUUGUAAAGAUGAUAGACUUGACAAGAUGGUAGACUUGUGAAUAUGGUAGACUUGUGAAGAUUGUAGAAUUGUAAAGAUGGUAGACUUGAGAAGAUGGUAGUCUUGUAAAGAGGGUAGACUUGUGAAGAGGGUAGACUUGUGAAGAGGGUAGACUUGUGAAGAUGGUAGACUUGUGAAGAUGGUCCACCCCAAAAAUCUUUUUCUUUCUUUUUUUUUCAUUUUCAAAAUUUAAGAUUUCACGAAAUAAAAUGCCCAAUAACUGAGAUUCUUUUUAAAAAGUAAGUUGGAUGGGUAAUAUUCCCUUUGGUUUUUUCUGAAAAUUUGCUGAAAUAAAUCUGCGGUGUAGAAGCAAUGGGUCAUUAGAAUAUAACUAUAGUUCAGGGGCGUGAAAUAAAUCUGCGGUGUAGAAGAGGGGGCGUCAUUAAAUAAAACUCUAGUUCAGGGGCGUGAACAAAAUGUGCGGUUGUGAGCCUUUGGCGCGGGGGGGGGGGGGGGGGAACUACCGGGGAUUUUUAUAGAGGGGAAGGGACUGGGAUUUUUAUAAAGUGUGUUGCUUGAAUGCAUGAUUUGUCAACUUUCAGCGCCCCCCCCCUCCCAACCUUAAGCACACAGACACACACACGCUUUCAAAUCGCCCAAUAUGACAUUUUAUAAUGGAUCUAUACGUCGCCCAAUAUGACAUUAUAUAAUGGAUCUAUACGUCGCCCAACAUGACAUUAUAUAAUGGAUCUAUACGUCGCCCAACAUGACAUUAUAUAAUGGAUCUAUGCGUCGCCCAAUAUGACAUUAUAUAAAUGGAUAUAAUGGAUCUAUACGUCGCCCAACAUGACAUUAUAUAAUGGAUCUAUACGUCGCCCAAUAUGACAUUAUAUAAUGGAUAUAAUGGAUCUAUACGUCGCCCAAUAUGACAUUAUAUAAGGGAUCGAUACGUUGCCCAAUAUGACAUUAUAUAAUGGAUCUAUGCGUCGCCCAAUAUGACAUUAUAUAAUGGAUCUAUACGUCGCCCAAUAUGACAUCAUAUAAUGGAUCUAUACGUCGCCCAAUAUGACAUUAUAUAAUGGAUCUAUACGUCGCCCAAUAUGACAUUAUAUAAUGGAUCUAUACGUCGCUCAAUAUGACAUUAUAUAAUGGAUCUAUACGUCGCUAUAUAUGACAUUAUAUAAUGGAUCUGUACGUGGCCCAAUAUGACAUUAUAUAAUGGAUCUAUACGUCGCCCAAAAUGACAUUAUAUAAUGGAUCUAUACGUCGCCCAAUAUGACAUUAUAUAAUGGAUCUAUACGUCGCCCAAUAUGACAUUAUAUAAUGGAUCUGUACGUCGCCCAAUAUGACAUUAUAUAAUGGAUCUAUACGUCGCCCAAUAUGACAUUAUAUAAUGGAUCUAUCGGUAAAUUUCGUCUUUAGAGGUUGUUUCAUUUCUACUUGCGAUGGGGUCAGACAUUAAAUCUAGCGCACACUCGAAUUAUGUUAAUACCAAAAGGACGGUUAGAAUGAUAAACAUUAGGUCGGGUCAUAAAGCACACACACACACAUAUAUAUAUAUAAUACUUGUGCCACAGUAUUAAUUUUGUUCAUAAUUAAACUUUUUUUUUUCGGGUUAGCCUCUAACACACACACACGCGCACACACACACACACACACACACACACACACAUAUAUAUAUAUAUAUAUAUAUAUAUAUAUAUAUAUAUAUAUUUGAAUAAUUCAUUUACCCAAAUAUUCCAGACAAUUGAAAGAACGUUCUGGUAAAAUAUAUUCAGCUUAUUUCUUUUUUUACCUUGGAGAAAUACUUAAGACAACUUGAGUUUAAUUUGUUUAAUUUUAAAUGUCAUCUUUAUUAAAAUAUGUAUUUAUUUAUGUGUUGAAGAUUAGUAUGUACAAUAUAUAUAGACUAUAUAUAUAUAUAUAUAUAUGUUAAAACUUUUCAUUUAUUUGAAUCAAUAUUUGAAUUCCAGGUAAUAAGGGGUAAAAUUUAAACAAUAUAUUCUACUUACCCUGCUAUUUCAGACCGUAGACGGUAGUUCUGCUCAAGUCUACUCGGCAUUUGUUGACAAUGAGAUCCUUAGGAUCAUAGCCCUCCACGAAGUAGCCAGACCCAGUAGUGAGCUCUAUUGUCAGGUUUGGUACCAUGGGGUACAGGGCGACCCUCUGGAAGUCGUCAGUGCAAAGGUGGACUAUAUUGCAGAGGAUCAUGGGAGGAGGUUUGUAAGAAAUAGUUAGUUACAUUUUAACGGGGAGCACCAUGUUCCAUUUAUUGCAUGUUUUUUUUGUUUUUGUUUUUUUGUUAAGUAAACGCAUCAGCAUAUUUGAAUAAUCGUGGUAUACUGAGUACUUAGCACUAACCAAUCAACCAGCGCUGUCGGCAACUUUUCCUGCUAUGGCUCAUUAUGAUAAAUUAUAUUUGCUUGCUUACUCUACUUUAAAGUGGCGUACCUAAGUUAAGCGAACCUGUCAAAUUGAGCUGUAGGCACUUUGGUUUUUUGUUAAUUAUUAGCGCUAUGAAAUAGAUCAGAGAUUGGUAAACUACGGUCUGCGGGUCUGAUCCGGCCCGCCACUUGAGUUUAUCCGGCCCGCCAAGCUUUCUAAAGUUAAAUAAUAAAAUCGUUAUUUAUUUUAAAAAGUAUUCCUACGAUACAUCAACAUAUUAUGAAUACAUGAUGUCGUUCAUUAGUCCGAACAUACAUCAACAUAUUAUGAAGACAUCAUGUCGUUCAUUAGUCCUAACAUAUAUCAACACAUUGUUCACUCAAGAAGGUUCGGUAUCUGUUGUUUUUUUUUAAUUGAACAUUUACUCCUAUGGAAAAUUGUUCAACCUUUGUAUAAAUAAUAACAUUAUCGAUUCGUCCAUAACAACAAAUUUGAAAAAAACAUGAAAAAUGAAUUGUCACAGCUUUUUAUUCCAAUAAUGAUUUGGACGUGGCAGAAGAGGUAGGGAAAGUCAUUUCUAAGUAUAAAGGAAAGUUCAUUUCUAAGUACAAAGCAAAGGUCAUUGCUAAGUACAAAGCAAAGGUCAUUGCUAAGUACAAAGCAAAGGUCAUUGCUAAGUACAAAGCAAAGGUCAUUGCUAAGUACAAAGCAAAGGUCAUUGCUAAGUACUAAUGAAAGUUCAUUGCUAAAUACAAAGGAAAGUUCAUUGCUAAGUGCUAAUGAAAGUUCAUUGCUAAGUACUAAUGAAAUUUCAUUGCUAAGUACUAAUGAAAGUUCAUUGCUAAGUACUAAUAAAAGUUCAUUGCUAAGUACUAAUGAAAGUUCACUGCUAAGUCUAAAUAAAAGUUCAUUGCAAAGUACUAAUAAAAGUUCAUUGCUAAGUACUAAUGAAAGUUCAUUGCUAAGUGCUAAUAGUUCAUUGCUAAGUACUAAUGAAAGUUUAUUGCUAAGUACUAAUAAAAGUUCAUAGCUAAGUACUAAUGAAAAUUCAUUGCUAAGUACUAAUGAAAGUUCAUUGCUAAGUACUAAUAAAAGUUCAUUGCUAAGUACUAAUGAAUGUUCACUGCUAAGUACUAAUAAAAGUUCAUUGUUAAGUACUAAUAAAAGUUCAUUGCUAAGUACUAAUUGGAAUUGACAAAUUUGAAGUCACGCAACAUUUGGGGUGAGAGGAAAGAUUGAGAUAAGAUGAACUGAAAGGAAAUGGUUCUGUUUGACAAAUUAUGUCCAUAGCAGUUCAAAGUUUUGGCUGUUCCAAGCCUAUGAGUCUUUACUGCAUGAUUCGUCAGCAGGAAUUGAGCGGAGAAUAUUUGAAUUUAUUAUUGAUCCUGGAACCUGUGGUUUCAGUAAGGAACUUUAUUCAUUGUCUCAAUCCUUGUCAGUCUCAAUCCUUGUCAGUCUCAAUCCUUGUCAGUCUCAAUCCUUGUCAGUCUCAAUCCUUGUCAGUCUCAGUCCUUGUCAGUCUUAGUCCUUGUCAGUCUCAAUCCUUGUCAGUCUCAAUGCUUGUCAGUCUCAAUGCGUGUAAGUCUCAAUCCUUUUCAGUCUCAAUCCUUUUCAGUCUCAAUCCUUGUCAGUCUCAAUCCUUGUCAGUCUCAAUCCUUUUCAGUCUCAAUCCUUGUCAGUCUCAAUGCUUGUCAGUCUCAAUGCUUGUCAGUCUCAAUCCUUGUCAGUCUCAAUGCUUGUCAGUCUCAAUUCUUGUCAGUCUCAAUGCUUGUCAGUCUCAAUCCUUGUCAGUCUCAAUCCUUGUCGGUCUCAAUCAUUGUGUGUCUCAAUCCUUGUCAGGCUUUUGUUUGUGAGAGUUGACAUUAUGAAACGUGAAAUAUGUCACAUCGUGUUAUGGAACAUCCUUAUAUUGUGAGCAUAUGCAAUCAAUCUGUUGCUGGUGGAACAUACAGCUCUCGAAUUAUGGUUAAUUUAUAAUUGCUAACUUUCUAGGCAUGCUAACGUUUUUAUGCUCUUGAUUCUCCAAUUUUAUGAACUAUCGAAUACUUUUAACUUUCUAAUUAUGUUAACUUGUAAAUCUAUGACUUCUCUAAUUCUAUGAACUCUCUAAUUCCAUUAACUCUCUAAUUCUAACUCUCGAAUAUAACGCUCUAAUCCCGUUAACUCUCUAGUUCUGUUAACUCUCUAAUUCUGUUAACUCUCUAAUUUUUUAUCUCUCUAAUUUUGUUGACUCUCUAAUUUUGUUAACUCUCUAAUUCUGUUAACUCUCUAAUUUUGUUAACUCUCUAAUUUUUUAACUCUCUAAUUCUGUUAACUCUCUAAUUUUGUUAACUCUCUAAUUUUUUAACUCUCUAAUUCUGUUAACUCUCUAAUUUUUUAACUCUCUAAUUCUGUUAACUCUCUAAUUUUGUUAACUCUCUAAUUUUUUAACUCUCUAAUUUUGUUAACUCUCUAAUUUUUUAACUCUCUAAUUUUUUAACUCUCUAAUUUUUUAACUCUCUAAUUUUGUUAACUCUCUAAUUUUGUUAACUCUCUAAUUUUUAACUCUCUAAUUUUGUUAACUCUCUAAUUUUGUUAACUCUCUAAUUCUGUUAACUCUCUAAUUUUGUUAACUCUCUAAUUUUUUAACUCUCUAAUUUUGUUAACUCUCUAAUUUUUUAACUCUCUAAUUUUUUAACUCUCUAAUUUUUUAACUCUCUAAUUUUUUAACUCUCUAAUUUUUUAACUCUCUAAGUCUGUUAACUCUCUAAUUUUGUUAACUCUCUAAUUUUUAACUCUCUAAUUUUGUUAACUCUCUAAUUUUGUUAACUCUCUAAUUCUGUUAACUCUCUAAUUUUGUUAACUCUCUAAUUUUUUAACUCUCUAAUUUUGUUAACUCUCUAAUUUUUUAACUCUCUAAUUUUUUAACUCUCUAAUUUUUUAACUCUCUAAUUUUGUUGACUCUCUAAUUCUGUUAACUCUCUAAUUUUUUAACUAUCUAAUUUUGUUGACUCUCUAAUUCUGUUAACUCUCUAAUUCUGUUAACUCAGUAAUUCUGUCGACUCUCUAAUUUGAUAUGAGUUUUCCCUUUAUUUUAAAUUCUUUAAGGGUUAGGGUUAGGGUUCGGGCUAAGGUUAGGGUUAGGGUUAGGGUUAGUGUUAGGGUUAGGGUUAGGGUUAGGGUUAGGGUUAAUAUCGAUAAGAAACAGAUAAGCUGCCUAAAAAUAGACACGUUCUUUACAUAGAUAAAAUGUAGACAUAAAAACAUUGUAAACAUAAACACUGUAGACAAUGACACUUUGCACACAUAGACAGAUUGUGCACAUAGACACAUUGCAUACAGAGACACAUGGUACACAUAGACAUGUUGUACACAUAGACCCAUAGACACGUUGUACACAGAGACAGUUGUACUCAUAGGCAGUUGUACUCAUAGACAGUUGUACUCAUAGACACGUUGUGCACAUAGACACGUAGUACACAGAGACACAUUGUACACAUAGACAUAGUGUACACAUAGACAUAGUGUACACUUAGACACAUUGCACACUUGUACACAUAGACCAAAAGGAACCUUCACGUCUCAAUAAGAUCUGUCCACGAGGAUUGCGUGAUUAGCUGUGUAAACAUAGACCAAGGAAAUCAAUUGAAAAUCAAUGCUCCAAGCAAACAAAUCUCACUUCUAUUGACAAAUUUCAAGUCGGUCUUCACCGCCGUAUCAGGUAUUGAGCAUUAUAAAACUCCACGUCCCUAUAUUGACCAUUAUAUCUCUAAGGUCAUCCCGCUGGUCUGUCCUAAUUCAGACAACCGACAAAAGUGGUCACCAAUAAGAGAUCAUCAUUGUAGCCGCAUUCGGGCCGACCUUGUUUGCGUAUACCGACCCUGGCGAAACAUGCUACCAAUUGCAUACCGACUCUAGCGACACAUGCUACCAAUUGCAUACCGACUCUAGCGACAUAUACUACCAAUUGUAUACCUACCCUAGCGACACAUGCUACCAAUUGUAUACCGACUCUAUCGAUACAUGCUACCAAUUGUAUACCAACCCUAGCGACACAUGCUACCAAUUGUAUACCGACCCUAGCGACACAUGCUACUUAUUGUAUACCGACCCUAGUGACACUUGCUAUCAAUCGUAUACCGACCCUAGACACACAUGCUACCAAUUUUAUACCUACCCAAGAAACACAUGUUACCAAUUGUAUACCUACCAAGCCACACAUGCUAUCAAAUUGCAUACCUACCUUAGCCACACAUGAUACCAAUUGUAUACCGACCCUAGCGACACAUGCUACCAUUUGUAUACCGACCCUAGUGACAACUGCUAUCAAUCGUAUAACGACCCUAGACACACAUGCUACCAAUUUUAUACCUACCCAAGAAACAAAUGUUACCAAUUGUAUACCUACCAAGCCACACAUGCUAUCAAAUUGUAUACCUACCUUAGCCACACAUGAUACCAAUUGUAUACCGACCCUAGUGACACAUGCUACCAAUUGUAUACUUACCAAGCCACACAUGCUACCAAUUGUGUUCCUACCUUAGCCACAUAUGAUAACAAUUGUAUACCGACCCUAGUGACACAUGCUACCAAUUGUAUACAGACCCUACCAAAAUUCUACCAAUUGUAUUCUUAGCCUAGUGACACAUGCUACCAAUUGUAUACCUACCCUAGUGAAACAUGCUACCAAUUGUAUACCAACCGUAGUGACACAUGUUACCCUUUGUAUACCUACCCUAGACACACAUGCUAACAAUUGUAUACCGACCCUAGCAACACAUCCAACCCUUAGUUACUGACUCUAUCAACACAUCCCACUAUUAGUGUAAUGACCCUAUCAACAUAUCCCACCAUUAGUGUACUGACCCUAUCAACAUAUCCCACCAUUAGUGUACUGACCCUAUCAACACAUCCCACCAUUAGUGUACUAACCCUAUCAACACAUCCCACCAUUAGUGUACUCACCCUAUCAACACAUCCCACCAUUAGUGUACUGCCCUAUCAACCCAUCCGACCAUUAGUGUACUUUCCCUAUCAACACAUCCCACCAUUAGUGUACUAACCCUUACAAAAUAUCCCACCAUAAGUGUACUAAAUCUAUCAUUGUAUCCCACCAUUAGUGUACUGACACUAUCAACACAUCCCACCAUAAGGGAAGGAACCAUAUCAACAGAUCCCACCAUUACUGUAGGGACCCUAUCAACAUAACCCACCAAGAGUUAUUGACGAAAGCAACCCAUGCCAACUUAGUUUGGCCAGCCCAUGAUUUGGAUCACAUCAUUAGAAGGCUUUGCUCCAUAAUGUUCCACCAGUUGUGAGCAAGUUAAUUGGUGAGCCAGUAGGACAAGUAAAGGGUAAAGUAAAGGUUGCAUAUCCCGUUUCGACACCACACAGGGUGACCAAAAACUAGGUCAACAGGCCGGCUAAACACAUGACAAUUUGAAAACUAACAAAAACAAUUGCAUGGAAUAAACAACAUUGUUAGUGACGUAGCUACUUUUGAGUUCAGUCCGGGAUGGACAAGGCUUUUGACGCCCCCUACCAACUUAACCGCAGUUGGCUCAAAAUGCCCCCCCCCCUCAAUAUUAGGAAAAGCCACCCGGACCAGCCCUCCUUCUCCACGCUUCCUCCCCUUUUCUUCUGCCACGGGGCAUUAUCUUGAGAAAUAAUGUCGAUCUCUUUCAGGAACAGAUCGAACAUCUCAAUAAUGUAUUGACCAUUGAUUACCGAUGUGUAGGGACAAGAGCGAUCAAUAAUGCAAUGAUCUGUCAGUGUCAUUGGUAACUGUCAACACAAUAAUAUAAUGGUCUGUCAGUGUCAUUGGUAACUGUCAACACAAUAAUACAAUGGUCUGUCAGUGUCACUAGUAACUGUCAACACAAUAAUACAAUGAUCUGUCAGUGUCACUAGUAACUGUCAACACAAUAAUACAAUGAUCUGUCAGUGUCAUUAGUAACUGUCAACACAAUAAUACAAUGGUCUGUCAGUGUCAUUAGUAACUGUCAACACAAUAAUACAAUGAUCUGUCAGUGUCAUUAGUAACUGUCAACACAAUAAUACAAUGAUCUGUCAGUGUCAUUAGUAACUGUCAACACAAUAAUACAAUGGUCUGUCAGUGUCAUUAGUAACUGUCAACACAAUAAUACAAUGAUCUGUCAGUGUCAUUAGUAACUGUCAACACAAUAAUACAAUGAUCUGUCAGUGUCAUUAGUAACUGUGAACACAAUAAUACAAUGAUCUUUCAGUGUCAUUAGUAACUGUCAACACAAUAAUACAAUGGUCUGUCAGUGUCACUAGUAACUGUAAACACAAUAAUACAAUGGUCUGUCAGUGUCACUAGUAACUGCCAACACAAUAAUACAAUGGUAUGUUAGUCUCACUAGUAACUGCCAACACAAUAAUACAAUGGUCUGUCAGUGUCACUAGUAACUGCCAUACAAUAGUACAAUGGUCUGUCAGUGUCACUAGUAACUGCCAACACAAUAGUACAAUGGUCUGUCAGUGUCACUAGUAACUGUCAUGCAAUAAUACAAUGGUCUGUCAGUGUCACUACUAACUGCCAACACAGUAUUACAAUGGUAUGUCAGUGUCACUAGUAACUGCCAUACAAUAGUACAAUGGUCUGUCAGUGUCCCUAGUAACUGCCAACACAAUAAUACAAUGGUCUGUUAGUGUCCCUAGUAACUGCCAACACAGUAGUACAAUGAUCUGUUAGUGUCACUAGUAACUGCCAACACAAUAAUACAAUGGUCUGUUAGUGUCCCUAGUAAUUGCCAACACAGUAGUACAAUGAUCUGUUAGUGUCACUAGUAACUUCCAUUAGAGACCGACCGAAUUUCGGCUUCGGCUUCGGUUUCGGCGCCGAAAAAGGCCAUUUUAUCACUUUCGGCCAAGUUUCGGUUUCGGCCGAAACUGAAAAGUUAACUUUCGGCUUAAUUUCGGUUUCGGCCGAAAGAGAAAAGUUAACUUUCGGUUUUUCUUCGGUUUCGGCCGAAACUGACUUAGACUUUCGGCCAUCCGGCCGAAAGUGACUCAGGUUUUCGGUCAUACUCAGCGAAAGCGAUAUUUAACAACAAACUUAGGGACAUUUAAGAACAAAUUGAGCGAUCUUUGAAAACAAACUAAACGAUAUUUAACAACAAACAAGGGACAUUUAAGAACAAACUAAACGAUCUUUAAAACAAACUAAGCGAUCUUUAAACAAACUAAGCGAUCUUUAAGAACAAACUAACCGAUCCUUGACUACAAACUUAGCGAUCUUUAACAACAAACUAAACGGUCUUUAACAAUAAACUAAACGAUCUUUAACAACAAACUAAACGAUCUUUAACAACAAACUAAACGAUCUUUACAACAAAAAACUAAACGAUCUUUACAAAAACAAACUAAACGAUCUUUAACAACAAACUAAACGAUCUUUACAACAACAAACUAAGCGAUCUUGAAGAACAAAUGAAACGAUCAUUAACAAAACUGGACAUCUUUAAGAACAAACUAAGCGAUCUUUAAACAAACUAAGCGAUCUUUAAGAACAAACUAACCGAUCCUUGACUACAAACUUAGCGAUCUUUAACAAAAAACUAAACGAUCUUUAACAAUAAACUAAACGAUCUUUAACAACAAACUAAACGAUCUUUAACAACAAACUAAACGAUCUUUACAAAAACAAACUAAACGAUCUUUAACAACAAACUAAACGAUCUUUAACAACAAACUAAACGAUCUUUACAACAACAAACUAAGCGAUCUUAAAGAACAAAUGAAACGAUCAUUAACAAAACUGGACAUCUUUAAGAACAAACUAAGCGAUCUUUAACAACAAACCAGGCGAUCUUUAUGAACAAACUAAACGAUCUUUAACAACAAACAAGGCGAUCUUUAAGAACAAACUAACCGAUCUUUGACAACAAAUUAAGCGAUCUUUAACAACAAACUAAACGAUCUUUAACAACAAACUAAGCGAUCUUUAAUAACAAACUAAGCGAUCUUUAACAACAAACUAAACGAUCUUUAACAACAAACUAAACGAUCUUUAACAACAAACUAAACGAUCUUUAACAAUAAACUAAACGAUCUUUAACAACAAACUAAACGAUCUUUAACAACAAACUAAACGAUCUUUAAAAACAAACUAAGUGAUCUUUAUAAACAAACUCACCGAUCUUUAACAACAAACUAAACGAUCAAUAACAACCAACUAAACGAUCUUUAAAAACAAAUUAAGCGAUCUUUUAGAACCACAUUUUUUUAGAGACCCUGUUUAAAAAAAUAAUAGUUUGCAUUAAUUCCCCCCCCCCCACCCCCCCCAAGUUUUGCUUAAUUUUCUUCUACCGUACGAAUUUUAAAAAAAAAAUUGUAAAGCAAUUUAAAUUACUUUUAUAAUAAAAUGGUAAAAUCCAAAGUAUUCAUUAGACCAAGGAUCUCAAUUUCAAAUCAUCGGAAAAGGGGGGGGGGGGCAGGAGGUAGUGUCUGAAUGAGAGUGGGCCGCAUCAAGUUAUCCACAAAAAAGCGAUUACAAUUGUUACAAUCUGCUCAACCUUUAUAAAUAACAAUAAAAUCAUUAAGGGUUCUCAAGAACUACUCACUGUUGCCAGAGACCUGGCAUACAAAAAUAUGUAGAAAUAUUUUUUUUUUUAAAGUCAGAAUUAGACUAGUCGGUGAUAUUCGACUGAAACCGUCGCGGAGAGUCACGUUAUAGAUAUGAGAAUGGGGGAAACGGGCCGGCGCAUUUACACUAAACUUUUCUGCGGGCCGCAAAAUAUAGUCUUGCGGGUCACAUAUGGCUCGCGGGCCGCGAGUUUGAGACCCCUAUAUUAGAUGUUUAUUUAUUAAUAUUUACGAUUAUCUCAUUUUUUUAAUAAAAGAAUGUAAAUAUUUAUACUUUCCCCACAUCAUUUUCGAUGUAUGCAGAAUGUAUGCGGGAACGAAUUUCAAAAUAUCUUAAUAUUUCAUUUUCGGUUUCGGCUUCGGUUUCGGCCGAAAUUCAUUUUUAAUCUUCGGCCUUUUUUCGGUUUCGGCCGAAAGUCAUUUUUAAAAUUUCGGCCUUUUUUCGGUUUCGGCCGUAAGUCAUUUUAAACUUUCGGCCUAUUUUCGGCUUCGGCCGAAAUCAGAAAAUCACUUUCGGUCGGUCUCUAACUUCCAUACAAUAAUACAAUGGUCUGUUAGGGUCACUAGUAACUGCUAAAAUGCUUCAACCAAAAAUCAUAACAAAAAAGUGUAUUGUUUUAUUAGGACCUGUCCUCCUAUUUUCCUCAUAUUGUCCUGCAAAUAAGUUGACUGGGAUAGAAGGACAUGUUCUGAUAUUGCCCUCAUAUUGUCCUACAAAUAAGAUGACUGGUUUAGAAGGACACGUCCUUAUAUUGUCCUACCAAUAAAUUGACUGGGUUAGAAGGACAUGUCCUGCUAUUGUCCUACCAAUAAGUUGACUGGGUUAGAAGGACAUGUCCUGGUAUUGUCCUACCAAUAAGUUGACUGUGUUAGGAGGACAUGCCCUGCUAUUGUCCUACCAAUAAGUUGACUGGGUUAGAAGGACAUGUCCUGCUAUUGUCCUACCAAUAAGUUGACUGGUUCACAUGACAUAUGUCCAUUUGGUCACACAGACCACAUGUCCAUUUGGUCACACAGACCACAAGUCCAUUUGGUCACACAGACCAUAGGUCCAUUUGGUCACACAUACCACAUGUCCAUUUGGUCACACAGACCACAUGUCCAUUUGGUCACACAGACCACAUGUCCAUUUGGUCACACAGACCACAUGUCCAUUUGGUCACACAGACCACAGGUCCAUUUGGUCACACAGACCACAGGUCCAUUUGGUCACACAGACCAUAGGUCCAUUUGGUCACACAGACCACAUGUCCAUUUGGUCACAGUACCCAAAGGCCCAAAGUGUGGCCUUCUUUCACCAUCUCAUUGUCUAAACUGAACAAGCUUAGUCUAUACCCGAAUAGCCGAGAGCUCUUUAUUACGACGUAGUGAAACUUUAAACAAAACCAUUAUUUCAGACAUCUGUUGUAGAGAAAUACAACUGUUUGAUGUAUUGCAAACACAUUGUGUUUGGACAUCAGUCAUCACGUAAUGAGAGUAUUGCACUCUUCAUACCAAAAAAUGAAAUUGAAUUUAAGUUGAGACAUUUUAGCAUGUUAAUGUCCAGAAAGUCAUGUUGAUUUUGAUUUCAUGUCAAUGUUCAGAAAGUCAUGUUAAAUUUGGUCGUCAUGGGAAUGUUCAUAAAGUCAUGUUGAUGUGGAUUUCAUGCUAAUGUUCAGAAAGUCAUGUUGAAUUUGGUCCUCAUGGGAAUAUUCAUAAAGUCAUGUUGAUGUUGAUUUCAUGUCAAUGUUCAGAAAGUCAUGUUGAAUUUGGUCCUCAUGGGAAUAUUCAUAUAGUCAUGUUGAGGUAGACCUCAUGUGAACGUCCUUAAGGUCAGUUUGAUAUUGAUGGAUGACCUCAUUUAGCACGCAGGAUUCAUUCAUGGAAUAUAUUUUAUUUUAAACCCAUUUAUAUUCAUCAUAUUUGUUACAAGUUAAAUGAAUCAUUUAUUCACAUUCUUUCUCAUUACUUUAUGCUGAUUUAUGUAGCAAACCUGCCUGUUCACAUUAUUAUAAACUUAGCAACAGGGCUGACUCAAGGUACCGGCAACUCAGGGAGUUGCCCGGGGUGCCAUAUGGUUAGGUAACGGCAACUCAGGGAGUUGCCCGGGGCACCAUUGGGUUAGGUAACGGCAACUCAGGGAGUUGCCCGGGGCACCAUUGGGUUAGGUAACGGCAACUCAGGGAGUUGCCCGGGGCGCCAUUGGGUUAGGUACCGGCAACUCAGGGAGUUGCCCGGGGCGCCAUUGGGUUAGGUACCGGCAACUCGGGGAGAUCCCGGGGCGCCAUACGUUUAAGGAGCCUUCAGUUAUCUCCCACAAUAGGAACAAUCCUUGCAUGUGGACACAGAAAAAUAGGAAGUGCAAUUAAACCAUUAGCUGUUGUAGAGUCUAGACUACAAAAAUGUCAUCUUUAGGCUCAUUGUUCAUGCUGCCCACCGAAGGCUGAUUGUGUAAUACAAAUGGAAGACGCCCACGCUUCUGUAUUCGUGUAACAACGGAACUUUAUUCUACAUAAUACACUCUUUUAAAACUUCACAUUCAUGAUCACUCAUUCCACUUUUCCACGCAUUCGUGAAUAAGAACAACUCACGACCAUCUCCCAGACGCCGUGCAGCAGUCUUGAGUAUCCGCGCAGCAAAUUUUUAUUAAAAUAAAUUCGAAUAGUAUAGAUACACUGCAAUCUGCAGCCGGAACUAUACAGUUUUUAUAACAUAUAGAUUUGUAACUUAAUUUAGAUCCAUAUUUUUGUCUCCUACUUUAUACGUAGAACUAUUGAUUUACAUACUUAUCGAUACACACCGGAUCAAGCUAGCCUCAUUAUGAACCACAGCCACCAUUCUUGUGUAAAUAUUGUUGCGUCUACUGCGCCGUGAAUGUGUCUAAAGUAAAUAAAUGGCAUAUCUCUAGUUUAUUAUAAAUGUAGUAGCUAAUUAUUUUUUAUAAUGUUUUAACCGUAAUGUGUAAAAGUCACUCAAGCGAACUUUCAGCGACAUCGCUUGCCAUGAAAAAAUUGAAGAUAAAAUUUUAAAACGGGAUGGCUCAAUGAAUUUGUUUAUGCAGCACUACCAGAUUCAUCGUCAGAGCGGACUGUCAAGCUGAGGGGGGGGGGUAGUUUUAAAUAUCGUGAAUGUGAUGAGGGUGUUGUCUGUGAAAUGUGCUUCAAAGCUAACGCAGGUGGUGAUUGCCCAACAGGGAAAAGGUGGGAGCUUUGGAAGCUGGAUUACCUUAAACGACAUAUCACGCAAAAGAUACACACAUGUGCUGUACAGAGACUUCGUUCAAUACAGUCAUUAGCAAUAUUCGCUUUAAGCUGCGCGGCCGCGCAGUAAUCUCACAGACGCCGCGCAGCAGUUUUGAGUACCGCGCAGCUAAUUUACACUCAAGAGUGUGUUUGUGUCUGUAGGCUGUAAAUUUUGCGCUCAAAAAAAAUUGAUGCUGUAAAAAUUUGCUCACAACUUUAUGAUUUUGCACACGAACCAACAAACCUUAAAGGGAACAUUGGUCAGGAGAUGUACUGCGAAUGCUUACAGAAAGGAUCACUGAUUGAAACAUGAGGCAAGAAGCAGGCAGAACAAUGUAAAAAGUGCUAAAGAAGACCAGGUUAAAUUGUGAUUGACAAUGUCCUCCUGGCUUUCAACAUGAAGACAUCUGUGAAUGCAGCUCAAUACAUACACAACCAUCUUGCUAAGAAUGCCCCAGACCAUUUUUACGCUUUUGAGUUUGUUGAUUCGAUCGUUUCUUUAGUGAAGGAUGCUAUAAUUAGCGAACUUCGCAAUACAAAGCUCCACACAUGAACAGUAGAUGAGAGCAUUGAUAUAUCACAGACCAAAAUGUUGAUCUUAUACGCAAAGUUUCGGCCAUAUCCCGGUAAUGUUGAAAAAAACAGUACUUGUUGGAAUUUUGUCUCAGUCGGCAUGUGAUAGUAAAUCUGUGGAAUGAGCAAUAACAGUUUUAUCAACAGAAGUCAUUGGACAUGCAGAAAACUGUUAUGUUUAUCUCUGAUGGAGCAUCGGUUACGCUAGGCAAAAACAAUGGAGUGCUACAUUUUUUGCAUCAAGCGCAGGUUGUGAACGUGGAUUCAGCGUAGGGAAUAAUAUGAAAAUAGAAUCUAGAAAAAGUCUGGAAGAGUUACAUUUAGACCUGGCUUGUGAGAAUCAAAUCGUAUCAGAGUGGUGGACGUCAGAUCAAACUUGACGAUGUGUAUAAAAGAUGGAUAGCGUUGAAAGACAGACGCAAGAGAUACCCCAGAAACGAGUCCAUCAAAUGACCAGCGGCCAUUGGUGGUGGGUGUAUGGGAAUUUAGUUGCUUGACCCAACCACGGGGUAAAUAAAAGAACUAAAAUAGCUUUGAUUGGACAUUUCCUAUUAUAAUUAUUUAAUUAUAUUUCAUUUAUUUAUUUAUAUGAAUAUUUUUUGCACUAAGCUCAAUUAUGUAAUUUCCGUAUUUGUGUGUUUUUGGGCUGUAAAAUUUCGCACAAAAAAAAAUAUAUAUAUAUAUUCUGUAAAACUUUGCACACAACUUUAGUAUUUUGCACACGAACCAGCAAACCUUAGAAGGAAUAUUGCUCACGACGUCCAGUCAUACCACAUGACAACAACACAGGCCAAUCAGGUCACAAACUUCACUCCCUACUCGCAAUAAUAAUCGUCAGUCAUACUGUCACAAAUUGUUCACACUGCCCACGAUAGGCUAAUUAUUCAUUACUGCCCACGGCAGGCUAAAUGUUCAUACUGUACAAAACAAGUUAUAAAAAACAAUUAUAUUGUUCAUUGUUUUUUUGUGUUGUUUGUUUAAGACAACCUAGGUAAUAAACGUAUUACCUAAUCCUUAGUUAAGCUUGCCCGGGGCGCCAGAAACCGUACAGCAGGCCCUGCGUAGCAACAGUCAAUGUUGUUAUUCUGAUUUUUUAAACACUUCCCAUGUGAACAUUACGAUGAUAAAAACCUUUAUUUUUGUAUUAAGCACUAAACAAAUCGAACAUAAUCUUUGCCUUCAAAGUAUUCGGUAUCGGGCCGAGGGUGCAUGGCGGGCGGGCUAGCACUGGACCUCGGACAACCACUUACAUCACAUGUAACAUCCCAGCUACUAGUUCCUUACAUCACAUGUUACAUUCCCAGUUACUAAACCCCUUACAUCACAUGACCAAUGUUACAUUCCCAGUUACUAAAUCCCUUACAUCACAUCUUACAUUACCAGGUUCUCGGCCGCCUACAUCACAUGUAACAUUCCCGGCCAACGAGUACCCGCCACGCCAUACGCAGUUAGUGUUGUGACCGCAAGAUGUGGCCGCCCCACCAACGUGCUGCCCUUGCCUGGGCCAAGUCCGGCCAAGCUCCAGUUCACUGUCUGUGUUACUCCCCUGAACUUCAAGUACAGCAGGGCCUACGAGCUGGUGGAGAUGAUUGAGUUGAACAAAAUCCUGGGUGCCCAGAGGAUUGUAUUCUAUAACCAUAGCACCGGGCCUAAUGUUGACAAGGUGAUUUUGCCAUUAUUAUAGUGGCUAGGUAUUGUUGCUAUCAUCGUAUUGAAGAGGUAAUGUAGUGAUAGUUACAAUACCAAGGCAUUGUAGCUAUGGACGCUACUAUUGAUUCAAAUUAUUGUCCCCUAAAAUGAUGCGUGACCACAUGUCUCAAAUGUAGCCAUCGCAGUAUGGUCAUGAAGCCAUGGUAGUAUUGACAAGGUAAUAUAGCCAUUGCAAUAUGGACAAGAUAAUGUAGCGAUUGCAGUACUGACAUUGUAAUGUAGUCAUUGCAGUAUUGACAAGGUAAUCUAGCCAUGGCGGUACUGACAAGGUAAUGUAGCCUUUGCAGUAUUGACAAAGUAAUGUAGCUAUUGCAAUAUGGACAAGUAAAUGUAGCCAUUGCAGUAUUGACAAGGUGAUGUAGCCAUUGCAGUAUUGACAAGGUAAUAUAGCCAUUGCAGUAUUGAAAAGGUGAUGUAGCCAUUGCAAUAUGGACAAGUAAAUGUAGCCAUUUCAGUAUUGACAAGGCAAUGUAGCCAUUGCAGUAUUGACAAGGCGAUGUAGCCAUUGCAGUAUUGACAAGGUGAUGUAGCCAUUGCAAUACUGAAAAGGCAAUGUAGCCAUUGCAAUACUGAAAAGGCAAUGUAGCCAAUUGCAGUAUUGACAAAGCAAUAUAGCCAUUGCAAUAUGGACAAGGUAAUGUUGCCAUUGCAGUAUUGACAAGGCAAUGUAGCCAUGGUAGUAUUGACAAGGUAAUAUAGCCACUGCACUAGCCCCACAUGAAAUGUUAACUCUUUGACAUAGCAAUGUUGGUAACAUUCUGUUGAAGUACAGAAGAUGAUAUUUGUUUCACUUCUAAACAUCGAAAUAGUUUAUUUAGUGGGUUAAAAAAUAAACUAAAUACACAUGAAUAAUUCUCGCUGAUGGACCAAUGGAAAAUUCCCCUUAGCUUCGCCAUACACUCUUGGUUUUCUUGAUAUGGGAUCAUUAUUGUUUUUCCUCAGAAUUGCGUCUUGAUUAGCUCAAGGCAUACAAUAAAUGGUGUGCAUUUAAAAUAAUGUUGUUUCGUUGUUGUUUUGUUUUUUAUCUAAAAUAUUCCAUUAUUUUUGUACAACUUGUACUGAACUAUCAUAAAUUCACAAUUCAAUUGAAAUAUUAGAAGUUUAUUGUUGAAGUGUAUUGUUGCACUGAAAUACUAGAAAUGUAUUUUAAAACUGUAUUAAUUGAAGUGUACUGUUAAACUGUAAUACUAGAAAUGUAUUCAUCGUAUCAAAUAUUCUCUUUAUCUCAAAGGUUCUCGAGUUCUACUCCCGUGCAGGCGACAUCGAAGUUUUACCGUGGCACAUCACAUUAAAAACAGAAACCUGGCCACCGUCAGGAGACCCGGAUGUGCACUACUUUGCCCAGCUUGCCGCCCUCAACGAUUGCCUGCACCGGUACCGGGACCGGUCCCAGUACUUGGUCUACACGGACAUCGACGAGUUCAUCAUCCCCAGGUCGCAUGACGAUUGGGCGGGUCUAGUCCGAGAACAAGAGAAAUCUUCUCCUAAGUUCUCCUCCUUACUCGUUCAGUGCACAUUCUUCCGCAAGGAAUGGCCAAAGCCGGCGCCAGGUUUUGAAAAGGGGGUUCAGAUGUACAAUCCGGUUAUACUCAAGUAUACGUCUCGCGAAAAGCAAAUCUAUCCGCACAACUCAAGGUCUAAAUAUUUGUUGAACCCGCAACUCGUCAAGACUGUUGGGGUCCAUUUUAUUUGGGAGAAUACCGGGGCCGUCGUCAAGUUGCAGGAGCCGCAGGCGUUGCUCCAUCAUUAUAGAACGUGGGAAUCCCCGGAAGACCAGCAGCCGAGAGUGGACGAUUUGACCGCUGUUAACAAGUAUGGGUCAAGGCUGCUGAUGAGACUGGAGCUUGUCUGGACACAGCUGAAAGACGUGCCCUUAAAUAUUAAUAUAAGUUCCUAUGGCAAGUUUGUAUCGUGACAGCAGGUCCACAUAUCAUUUUGUAUCAUGGCUUUAAAUCAUUACAUCAUUUGAUAUCAUGGCUUUUAAUUAUUAUUUUAUUUCAUACCAAUGGCAUUUAAUAUUUAUUUCAUUUAUAAAUUGUUUUGUAAACAGAUUCCAUCUUUUUUAACUUGCUACAAAUCUUGAAUUAUUUGUCGAAACAAAUUCAACUCUGUUGUUGAUAAAAACCGUAAUGCGCCAGUUACGAAUGCUUUCAAUUAUUAUAUUUAUAUAUUUAUUGGGCUAAGUGGUAACAUUUAUGAUAAGCUACUUGUGAUUAGUUAAAAUUUCAUUUAUAAAUGUGUAUGUUACAUACAGGAGUGGUGAAGUAUAAAUUGACAUGUGGCAGAUUAAUUGAACCUAAUUUACCAUUUGUUUUAACUUUUUUUUAACAUCUCCAUGUCCUCCUGGUCCUCAUGUCCUCCUGGUCCUCAUGUCCUCCUGGUCCUAAUUACGGGUCAAAAUUUUCAGAUUAUAAAUCGAAAAUUCGAAAAGUCAGAGAUACAGUCUGUCCUAUCGAAAUCUGGGGCUUGAAAAAUUGUUAUUCUCGAAUAUGCUUGCAGCAGUCCAGUUAUUCUGGUAUAUGCUUACAAAUGUUCACCUCUUUUUGUCUGUAAUUUUGAAGCAUUUGUCUUGAAGACGUAUCUGUGAUUGCUUGGUCGCCUGACACAUUCUGUUUUUGCGUCAUGGACUUCAUUUUUUUUUGUCUGUGGGAAUUUGGUGUUAUAGUGACUGCAAGAAGUUACAGCACACCAACUGACAGUGGGAUAACAAGUCAGAGCAAACCAACUAAAAAUAGGAUAGCAAGUCACGGCAAACUAAUUGACAAUGGGAUAGCAAUCUAUGUAAGUUGUGCACGUCGUCAUGACGCCACUGUCACGUUAGAAACACAGACAGUUACUAUAAGGUAGACAACAAACAAAAGACCUAUAAACCUGGCAGUCAAUGGAUGCUAUGUAAACCUGGCAGUAAAUGGAUGCUAUGUAAACCUGGCAGUAAAUGGAUGCUAUGUAAACCUGGCAGUCAAUGGAUGCUAUGUAAACCUGGCAGUGAAUGGAUGCUAUGUAAACCUGGCAGUAAAUGGAUGCUAUGUAAACCUGGCAGUAAAUGGAUG